AUAUAUACAAAAGAUUGAAGCUUACCCAAAAAUCCAAAAAUGUAACAAUCUUUUCUUUAUAGAAAUUCACGGAAGAACGAACAACAGAUUCAUCAAGUCCCUUCCUUUUCCUCCUCUCUCUCUCUCUCUCUCAUCACAAGUUGUGAGUCCCAAAGUCUGCAUUUCUCUCACGAUCGGUGUUCUUCACUACUUACCGUUAAAGUUGGUACGGGCACUGCCCAAUGGACACUACAAUUGCUACUGCAACAUCAAAUGAUGUUAGCCCUGCUGCUACGUUACAACUCCAUAGCAUCAUCCCGGAGAUUCCGGACGUGGCUAUGGAGUUGCCGUCAUUUCUUUCUCUGAAACGACAAUGCCUUGGCAACUCUGCUCCUGGAGAAUUCUUCUUGGCUUCUUGUCCUUCCAUUGCCCUUCAUGUUCUCACAACAUGUGACUUGGAUCCUCGUGACCUUGCCAAACUCGAGGCAACAUGUUCCUUUUUUAGGAAACCGGCAAACUUCUCUCCGGACCUUGAACUCUCCAUCUCAGAGGUUGCAGCUCUCGACAUCUGCCAAAAGAGGGCGAUAUUCAAACGUAUGGGAGAGGAAGAACGCCAAGAGAUCAAAAGGAAAUGCGGAGGCUCAUGGAAGCUUGUUCUGAGUUUCUUGCUAUCUGGUGAGUUCGGUAACAGGCGGGAGAAGUCACAGCCCCUCGCUGGUCCUGGCCACAGCAUCGCCGUCACAUCAAAGGGCGUUGUCUACUCUUUCGGAUCCAACGGUUCAGGACAACUCGGACACGGAACCGUCGAAGACGCUUGGCAGCCACGACCAAUCACGUCACUUAAUGGGAUAAGGAUCAUUCAAGCAGCUCUUGGCGCUGACAGAACGAUGCUGAUAAGCGAUGCUGGUGAAGUGUAUGCCUUUGGAAAAGAUUGUUUUAGCGACCCUGGAUUAGUGGUUCAGGAGACUAAGGUCAUCACAACGCCUCAGAGAGUCAAGUCCUUGACGGAGAUCUUCGUGGUUCAAGCCGCUAUUGGAUAUCACUGCACAGCGGUUUUGUCUAGAGAAGGAAGAGUGUAUACAUUAUCAUGGGGGAAGGAUGAAAGACUCGGUCACGGAACCGACCUUAACUGUUUGUUGCCUCAACCUUUGUUGGGGGCCUUGGAGAACGUACCUGUUGUGCAGAUUGCUGCUGGCUUUUGCUAUCUUCUUGCUCUAGCAUUUCAACCCACUGGCAUGUCGGUGUACUCAGUUGGAUGCGGUUUGGGUGGGAAGCUUGGACAUGGUUCGACAGUUAGUGAGAAACAGCCUCGGUUGAUUGAGGAGUUUAGUCUUUUGAAGAUGGAGCCGGUUAUGAUCUCAGCAGGGGCGUGGCAUGCUGCUGUAGUUGGGAGAGAUGGGAGAGUGUGCACUUGGGGAUGGGGACGGUAUGGCUGCUUGGGUCAUGGAACAGAAGAGUUUGAGUUGGCUCCUAAGGUCGUUGAAGGAUUAAAGGAUGUUAAAGCUGUACACGUGGCCGCUGGAGAGUACAAUACCUUUGUUGUGUCUGAUGAUGGUCAGGUUUACUCGUUCGGAUGUGGUGAAGCCAAUCUUGGUCAACAGGGCGGUGUGGAGGAGAAUACUCUUACUCCGAAGUUGGUUUCAUCGUUGAAGGAGAUAAAAGAGCGUGUGGUUCAUGUGAGUUUGACAAAGUCGGUGUCAUUUCCUUGGACUGGUCAUACAUUUGCAAUGACAGAGUCAGGGACGUUAUAUGCGUUUGGGUCUGGGGGGAGAGGGCAGCUCGGGGUGAAGCUUGGUGAUAACAUGAUGGAAAGAGCAGAACCAGCUAAAGUUAUUGGUAUUGAUCUUUCUUAGAGACUAUCUUCUUAAUUUAGGUUUGCAUCACCAUUGAUCUUUGACUAAUGUCUAAAGAAAUGGUUUGUACAUAGGAACAUAAGGUAAUGACAUUGAAGAUGGUUAUGGUUUUUUCUUUUUUCUUUUAGUUUGGAUGAACAAAUAAGAUGUUUUCUUCUAUUGGAUAUUUUGCUUUGACA